AUGAACGCCACUAUUGAAACCGUCAUUGACAACACAAUUAACGGCCUUGACCGUGAGUUGCGCCAAAUCAGUCUUCAGAUUCACGAUAACCCCGAGCUCGGCAACCGCGAAUACAAAGCCUAUGCUCUUCUCACUGACUAUUUGGAGAAGAAGGGAUUCAAGCUCACUCACAAAGCCGUUGGCCUUGAAACAGCUUUUAUGGCCGAGUUUUCUAACGGUCCCGGUCGCCGUGUUGGCUUCUGCUGCGAAUACGAUGGUCUUCCAGGUGUUGGCAUGGCUUGUGGUCACAAUUUGAUCUCGGUGCAAGGAUUGGCAUGUGCUCUUGCUACCAAGGCUCUUAUGGAACAAAACCUUAUCCAGGGUACAUUGGUUUUGUAUGGUACACCAGCCGAAGAAAGCACCAACGGCAAGAUUGAUUUUGUUGAGCAAAAGGAGGUCCAAAACCGUGUUGAUGUUGCAAUGAUGUUGCACCCUUUUGCAAAGGAUUGCUUAUAUGCACUCAUGUUGGCUCUUGAUCAAGUCGAGAUUGAAUACUUUGGAAAGGCCUCCCACGCUGGAAUGGCUCCCUGGAAUGGAAUCAACGCUUUGGAUGCAUUGAUGCAAGGAUGGGAUAACAUGUCUAUGCUUCGUCAGCAAACUCUUCCCUCUAACAGAAUGCAUGGAUUUAUUCAACAUGGAGGCAAUUCGGCAAAUGUGAUUCCUGACUAUGCCUCUGCCAAGUUUUACAUUCGUGCCAACACUCGUGAACAGCUUGCUGAACUCAAGCCCAAGUUUGAGCAGUGCUUCAAGGCUUCAGCUGUUGCUACUGGAUGUCAAGUGAAGUUGACUUGGGGACGUCUUGUUGAAGAUGUCUUCGUGAACGAUACCAUGACUUCCAUUUACAAAAAGUAUUCAGAGCAGGAAGGCAUGUCCUUUGCACCACGCACCGAAGAGGAAAAGACAACCACUGGUUCAACAGAUAUGGGUAACUUCUCUUACGUUGUCCCCACGAUUCACCCAGGCUUCGCCAUCGGUACCACAGCCGCCAACCACACUGUGGAAUUCACCAAAGCCGCUCGUACUGAACAAGCUCACGCCUAUACCCUCCGUGCUUCUCGUUGCCUCGCCAAGACAGCUGCCAGCAUAUAUCUCAAUGAAGAUCUUUACAACCAGGCUGUUGCCGAUUUCAAGAAAGGAAAGCCCCAAUAA